CUAAAUUCUCAUUACAGACACAAUGAGAAUUAGAUUUCCUAAAAUAAAACUAGAAAAUGCACAUUAGGCCCUGAACACAUAUAAGAAGUAAAGGAGAAAAAGCAUAUUUUCACCUCUAAUUAGGUAUGUUGACAGAGGUCAGCUUCAGUGUUCUGGAUGGAUUUAAGCAGAAAGGUCUGACUCUUGCGGUUCAAACUGCUGGUUUGAGAGAAACUUAGGUCUGUUAACUUAAAAAAUGUAAAUAAACUGCAAAUGAAGGCACCACUUUAUCACUCCGCUCUGUUCAGUGCUUACUACUAACUCAGAGAUGCUUUAGCCUGAUGAUUUUAGAUUUAAAGCAGCAGAUUUAAAAUCAGAAAUUGUGUUUAUGUGUGUGUGUAAUGACUUUUGAAAGAGCCCUGAAUGUGGUGACAUGACAGCAGUUCAGUAUGUUCAGGUAAAAAAAAAUUUAAAUAAUGAGCUCCGUGUGCUAAAAAGAUAAUAUAGCUGGGUUAAAGAUUAACAGUCACUGUAUGAGUCGGCGCUGCAGCUCUUUUGUUUUUCAGACCUUCACCAUCAAGCUCAAAAUGACAGACUUUGGAGAGAUUCUAAGGAACAUUGGGGAAUUUGGAUUAUUCCAGAAGAUCACUCUAAUCGCACUUUGCUUUCCAAACUUUGUUCAGACUUUUCUCUAUGCCAGUUUUGUUUUCAUCCAAUCAGAUCCAGACAGACGCUGCAGCACAGACUGGAUCCUCAGUGCUGCUCCUAACCUGACCUCAGAGGAGCAGCUUAACCUGACCGUGCCUCGGGAGGAGGAUGGGACCUUCAGCAAGUGUGAGAUGUUUGUCCCAGUGAGCUGGGACAUUGAUACUAUCAGAGAGUACGGACUCAAUGAGACCACAGGGUGCCAGGAUGGAUGGGUGUAUGGGAACAUGCUCUACAAAGCCACCAUAGUCACUGAUUUUGAUCUAGUGUGUGGCCAGGCCAGCUUGGUGGAAGUGAUUCAAGCAGUAUUCAUGGCUGGAGUUCUUGUUGGCUCCCUCAUGUUUGGACCUUUUGCUGAAUCGUUCGGCCGCAAACGAGCAACUCAGAUUCCAGCAGUUCUGUUGUCUGUAUUCACCGUGACAACAGCUCUUUGUCCCAACGUCUACUUAUAUUUAGUAUCUCUGUUUCUGGUGGGAUUUGGAGCUGGAGGAUAUCGAGUCAACAGCAUCAUACUAUGUAUGAAGAGUAAACUAACUUUGCACAAACUUUGCAACUAACAAUCGUUGUAACUG